UAAGUACUCUAUAUGAUACAGCAUAGCUGUAAGCAUUCAUUGUGCUUUUCAUUUUCAAGUUAUUUGCAAUAUUCAGGAUUAGUCAGAAAAAGAAAGAAAUUGUAAUGGCUGAUUCCAUUAGUGAAACGGACCUCCUUAUGGAAAUGUUAAAAAAUCUUGAAUGUCCAUUCACUUGGGAUAUGGAUGAUAUUGAUAAAUCUGUGGAUUAUGAUUACCAACCAAAUGAUGAUGACGAUUUUUUUCCUAUUAUGACCCUCAUGCGUAAUAUUAUGAACAUUUACGUAAAUGUAAAAGCCAAAGAAAAAGAAGAUGGUGUUUUGGCAACUUUGGAAACAUGUAAAUCCAGCUUAGAAAGCAUUGAUGAUUCAGAUCUUGAAAUUUCUCAAAAAGUUGCAGCUUACAUUUUGGAAGCAACAAAAUGUUUUGUUUUUCAUGAAUAUGGAAUGCACAAUAAAUUAAAUCAAGCUUAUGAUGCCAUUAAAGAUAUCAAAUUCACUGAACCAGUAGAUAUAAGUACACUUUUUGCUUGUAGAAGUAUGUGUUGGUCAAAGUAUCACAGGAUUGGCACACUUGAAGCUGAAUCAUUUAUUAGAAAAGCUAUUGAUAAAAAUCCAAAUUGCGUUUUAUGGCAUUUUAUUUUGGGGAAAAAUUUGAGACGUAUGAGAAGAGAUUUAACUAUGAAAUCAUUGCCCGGUAAAGAAGAAAUAGAUUGCUUUAUAAGAGCUUAUAAACAAUCAAAAAAUCCUGUAUUUGGCACUUUCCUUGCUCAAAUGUAUAGAGAGCAAAAAAAAUUGAAACAGUCAUUGGAAAUUUAUGAAAAAGUAUUUUUAGCAAACCCUGAAAGUAAUAGCAUUUACUUGAGAUUAGCCUUGGGUUUUAUUCAACUUAAAAAAUUUGAACGGGCAAAAGUAUGUCUUAAUAAAGUUCAAGACAAAUGCCAAGAUCAUAGUAUGUACUGGCAUUACAGAGGUAUUUUGAACAUGAGACUAGGAAUGUACCAGGAAGCUGCAAAACAUUUAAAAAAAGCUGCAGAUGGAAAUAAUUUACCAGCUGCAAAUUCAUAUUUACAAUGCAUUGUAAAAGUUGAUAAAACUUUCAAAGUUACUGAAUAUCUUUUGUCUAUGGUUAAUCAAUUUAGUAUAUUACCUGAGUAUCAAAUUCAAUCUAUUGUAAUAGAACUAGCAUUUAGUUAUUGGUUGAAUGAUAAUAAUUUUUCUCAAGCAAUUAAAUAUUUUCUGCAUGGUAUUGAUAUUGAUCCAAAAUCUAAGGUGUUACAAAAUUACCAUUACAAUGUAGUACCUGUAAAAAAUAAAAAUGUUUACAGAAUUUUACAAAAAGAUUUUCUUCCAAAAGUCAAAGAAUGCAAUGAAAAAUUUGAUGCAGGUACUUUAAGAGAUAUUGAAAUGAUUGAAAAGUAUUGUGCUGAAAAUCUCAAGGACUGUAUCAAAAACCAAGAUAAAAAAGAUAAAGAUAUUAAAGAAAUAAUACUUGAGGAAGAAACAGAAACUUCAAAUAAGGAUAUCAAAGAAAAAAUACUUGAGAAUGACAAAAAAGAUUUAAAUAAGGAUAUUAAAGAAAAAAUACUUGAGAAAGACACAGAAGCUUUGAAUAAAGACACAAAAGAAAAAAUACUUGUAGAAGAGACAGAAGCCUUAAAUAAGAACAUUGGAGAAAAAAUGCUCGAAGAAGAAAUGGAAGCUUCAAAUAAGGACAUGAAAGGAAAAAUACUUGAAGAAGCAACAAGUAUGGUAGAAGAAUUAAGAGUUUAAAACGGUUAUAAUUUCAAUCCUUAGGAUUCAAAAAGUUACUGGUUUUUUUUUUCAAUACAUUAUCUUUGAGAUACCAAACUGAUUUAUUUUGAAAACAAGUUUUUUUUAUAUUAAUUUUAUUUUAAAACCAUGUAAUACUCAAAAAUUGAGUAUUGAAUGAUUACAUAAAACUUAACUUAAUAUUGUAAGUAACAAUACAGUUCUGUAAACAAUUACUUAGUACUAUAAAUAAUUGAUUCCAAAAUA